AUGGAUUUUGAUGAGGAACAAAAUGGAGAAAAUGAAGAUGUGGAAAUGGCUGAUAAAGUAGGCGAUAGGGAAGCCCAUGAAUUUAAACCUUCAAUCAAUGGUUGUUCAGUAAGAAAACUUUUUGUUGGAGGCAUUUCUUGGAUGACAACCAAAGUAACUUUUUUCUUUAACAUUCCAGAAUCACUUAGGGAGUAUUUCAGCCAGUUUGGAGAGGUAGCUGACUCUGUAGUGAUGUAUCAGAAAAUCUCUGGAAUGCCACUAGGAUUUGGAUUUGUUACAUAUGCUGACCCGGAAAUUGCAGAUAAAGUUUUAAAGGAAGACCAUACCAUAGAUGGUAAAAAGGUCGACGUGAAGAUACCAGUAACUUAUAGACAGAGAAUUUUUGUUGGUGGUCUUCCAUUAUCUUUAACUGAAGGCGAGUUGAAGGAAUAUUUUUCUUCUUAUGGCAAUGUUGUGGGGCAUCAGAUCAUUUUGGAUAAAACAACUGGUCGGAUCCAACGUUUUGGCAUUGUGAGUUUUGAUAAAGAGGAAGCAGUUGAAAAAGUUUUAUCUAAUGGCCAUAUCCAUGAACUUCGUGGCAAACAAGUUGAAAUUAAGAGGGCUAAGUCAAAGAGAGAUUGUGCUGAACAUACAAGUGAAAGCCAGAUACAUCAUCGUGGGAGUGGUUCAAAAUCAUAUUAUGGCGAUGGUGGUUCUCUAGAGGCUUUUGGCGGAAGAUAUGGUGGAAAUAUGGGUAGCGGUUAUGGUGGAUAUGGAGGAUAUGAAGGAUACGGUGACUAUGGCGGGUAUGGCAAGUUUGCAGGAAGUUAUGGUGUAAGUCCUCCAGGAUUUUACCCUGGAUACGGUUAUGGAUUUUGGUUUGGUGGAGCUAUGUAUGGUGCAGCUGGUUACGAAGGCAGCACCUAUGGUAUACCUGCCUACUAUGGUGGUGGUAGUGGUUAUGGGAACAGAGGUAACGGCUCGAAUGAUGGGGGAAAUGGAGGAUAUGGAGGUGGUGGCGGAAAUGGUGCCUAUGCAUAUGGGAACGCUGGUGCUGCUAAUGGAAGGUUAAUGCCUGCCUACUAUGGUGGUGGUAGUGGUUAUGGGAACAGUGGUAACAACUCGAAUGAUGGGGGCAACAGAGGAUAUGGAGGUGGUGGCGGAAAUGGUGCCAAUGCAUAUGGGAACGCCGGUGCUGAUAAUGGAAGGUCUGUGCUUGCCUACUAUGGUGGUGGUAGUGAUGAUGGGAGCAGAGGUAAUGGCUCGAAUGAUGGGGGUAACGGAGGAUAUGGAGGUGGUGGGGAAAAUGGUGCCACCGGUGCUGAUAAUGGAAGGUCUCAUCCUUCUUUGAAGUGACAGGACCGCCUCCAAGGCUGCAAAUAUUUGAUGACUUUUGACCACUAACUUCUAGUAAGAUAGAUGUAUUAGCCUGUUAGCUUUGGGAUGUAAAGAUAGCAUAGUUCUUUGUUUUAACUUUUACAAGUUAAUCAACCAUCUUAUAUUGUAAGAAAA